AUGAAUAUUUUUAAUCCACCAUCUUAAGAAAUAUCAAUUAAUUGUCUGAUUCCUCCUGAUGAGAAUAGAUAAGGAGGUUUAUUUAUUGGGAAUUAUAAAGCAGCUCUUUCUUGCGAAACAUUAAUAAACUAUAAUAUAAAAGGUGUUCUUACAACAUCAAUCGAAACUCCUGUUAGUUACUAGACCACAUUAGUUCCUUUUCAUAUGCAAUUAGAUAUUCAUGAUUCAGAAGAUUUUGACAUUUCAUAAUAUUUUGAAAAAUCAGCAGAAUUUAUAGAAUUAGCUAUGGAAUUUGGAAAUGUACUUGUACAUUGUUAUAUGGGAAUUUCAAGAUCAGCAACAAUAUGUAUAGCCUAUUUAAUGAAAAAAUAAAUGUGGAGUUUAGAAAAGGCACUUUGGAUUUGUUAAGAAAAAAGAUAAAUUACAAAUCCAAAUAAUGGUUUUAUGAGAAAAUUAAUGGAAUUAGAAAGGAAAUUAUUUAACUAAAAUACUAUUAUAGAAAAACCAAAACAAAAUUUUGAUUAAAAUUAAUAAUAAACUAUAGAAUUAUCAUAACAGCAACUUAUAGAUUAUCCUAAAUAAUAAGUACUCCCAUAAUAUUUAUAACAAUUAAUCAAAUAAUCUGGAAACAUAAAAAUAGUUUAAAAUAAUAAUAGAUGA